AUGAUUCCACCUGGGAAAGCUAGCCAAUUGGAAUCAGAGUCGGAUGAGACGCAAAUUGGUGAUGGCAUUCUUUUCACGGAUACUUUUACUAACUCGGAUAGGGAAGUGAUUCCCGAAAAGUUCAUAGUUGGACAGCAUCAGACAGAUCAUGAGCCAAACAACGGCUCGGAAAACAUAUAUGCGAAACACAGUAAGAACUCCAGCAAUGGUGUCUCAACUCCAGAGCCUCUAUCAGCUAAAACGUCUAUAAUUGAAUUGAGCAGUUGUGGUAAGAGUGAGAAUCCGGUUAAAACUGCGAACGCCCUUUUCGACAAUCCAGAGAGCCCACACGUUCACCUGCCAUUUCACACAGAAAAGCUCCCUUUGAACGGAUCAUUGAUAAACAAAGUCAUAGAUGAAUCGGACGGUCACCAUAGCUCAACUCCGCAUCUGAAACCCAGUCCCCAAAACACUGAAGGCCUAAGAUCUAAGCAUUCAACAGUACACAGAAUAUUGUCCAACCCAAGCACCCCAUACGUGCUCGCUCUUUAUCUACAACUUUUUUUUAACAUCUUAUUAGUCUCAAUAAUAGGCUAUUUUGUCUAUUCUUUUGUAUCAACUGUGCGGGCAGAUGUUGAGCACAAGAUCGAAGAUUAUGCCUUAGAUAUCCUUCAGGAAAUCUCUGUAUGCUCAAGAGAGUAUAUUCGAAAUAACUGUGAUCCUUUGAAAAGGGUUCCAGCCUUAGAGAAAAGCUGUUUGGCUUGGGAGAAAUGCAUGAAUCGUGACCCUGCAUUAGUAGGCAGAGCCAAACUUGGGGCAGAGACCUUUGCCGAAAUCAUCGAUGGAUUUGUCAAACCAAUCAGCUGGAAAACUAUAUUCUUUUUGUUACUUCUCUUUCUUGGAUCUAUUAUCCUUGCAAACUCUACGUUUGGUUCUUACAGGAAAAUGACAUCAUCACUCGGACAUUCAGACACACAAUAG